UCAAUUGAUUUGGUUUAUUUUCGUCAUUUCAUUCGUUUUGUGAAGUGUAUUAAAAUAUACAGUUGAAGACUUACGAAAUUCUUUGUAUCCUUGAACUUAAUAGAUUGGUUUCAAAUCCAAAUGCAAAAACGUGUUAGUUUUUAAUUUACGAUAAAACGUUUUCGAUCGAUGAAAAUCCUUUGUAUGAAUUUCGCGCUUUGUUCUUGUAAAAGUUAUUUUUACGCAUUUGCAGCAAAGUCGAGAAUAUGUAGAUGAUAAUAAAUUAAGCGUAGUAUACAAGUUUCUAACUCGAAAUCAAUCGCAGUAAAUGUAAAAGUGAUAAGCAGAAACAAGUUUAAAAUGGCUCACUUCAGUCGUCGCGAUACUACGUAUAGCGCCCUAGACAAUGAAACGUCUCCGCCUUUGGCUCAUUUGGCAGAUUCUAAAAAUGCUGCGCCUAUGAUGCUAACCCUGGACCAUGAACAUGAAGACGCUACUAAUGUUAUCAUCCAUAAAGUACCAAAAAACAAAGGAGGAUGGACUCAUAUAGAAGAUCUAGACUCUUUCUUCACAAGAAUGUAUCAUUACUACAUAAGAGGAGGAUUUUACCCAAUGAUUAUGUCAGAUUUUUUUUACUUAUUACAAUUUGUUUUCAUCAUAUGGUUUUCAACAUUUUUGGUGCACUGUGUCAAAUAUCCUGUUCUAUUCAGAAAUGACCCGAAUGCAAACAGGAGUGAAAAACUUAGUUUAAAUGAUGUUAUAUAUUCAAGUUCAGAAUGUGUUGGAUUUAUUUCUUGGCACUGGUGGUGCCUCAUCAUGUUAUGUUCUAUCAUUUGGAUAAUGAGACUAGUCUUAUCAAUAUAUCAUUUAUAUUAUGCAUAUGAUACAAAAUUAUUUUAUAAUAAUGCACUUAAAAUAAAAGAUAAUGACCUAGUAUGGGUAAGCUGGUCAACAGUGCAGGACAGAGUCCGGGAAGCUCAACCCGAACAUCACAUGUGUGUCCACAAACAGGAAAUUAAUGAGUUAGACAUCUAUCAUCGAAUCCUGAGGUUUAACAACUACAUGGUAGCCAUGGUGAACAAAAGUUUACUGCCGCUACAGAUACAUGUGCCUUUUGUGGGUGAUUUCCACUACUUGUCUAAAGGUUUAAAGUGGAAUUUGGAAUUUCUUUUAUUCUCUAGUCCGUGGAGUCCCUGGGAGAACUGCUGGCAGUUGCGGGAGUGCUACAAAGACCAUUCGAAACGGAUGAUACUGGCUCGUCAGCUGGAGAGGCAGAUCUUGUUCCUGGCACUUAUUAAUCUACUACUGACACCGCUUAUACAGGCUUGGCAGAUUCUAUAUUUCUUCUUCAACUAUGCAGAGCUAAUAAAGCGGUCGCCGGGGUCGCUGGGGCUGCGCACGUGGUCGCUGUACGCGCGCGUGACGCUGCGGCACUUCAACGAGCUGGAGCACGAGCUGCGCGACCGGCUCAACCGCGCGCACAAGCCCGCCACCAAGUACCUGGCAAGCUUCUCCUCGCCCAUCACCACGGUUAUCGCUAAGAAUGUGAUGUUCUUCUCUGCGAGCGUGCUGGGCGUGCUAGUGAUGCUGUCUGUGUACGACGAGGACGUGCUGACGGUGGAGCACGUGCUGACCAUCAUCACCAUCCUGGGCUGCGUGCUGGCCGGCGCCAGGGCGUUGAUCGGUGAGGAGGAGCGGUUGUCAGGCUGGUGCGCGGGCCCGGCGCGCGGCGAGGAGCUGCUCGUGCAGGUGCUGGGGCACGUGCACUACCUGCCCGCGGCGUGGCGCGGCCGCGCGCACACCAAGGACGUGGCCGCGCACUUCCAGCAGCUGUUCCAGUUCCGCGCGGUGUACAUCCUGUUUGAGGUGCUGAGCCCGCUGCUCAGCCCGCUCGUGCUGUACCGGCUGCGCUCGCGCGCGCUCGACAUCGUCGACUUCUACCGCAACUUCACCGUCAGCGUGCUGGGCAUCGGCGACGUGUGCUCCUUCGCGCAGUUGGACAUCCGGCGCCACGGACACCCCGAUUGGCAGGCCCCUGGCAAACACGCUGAAAAAGCGAAAGGCAACACGCAGUACAGCCAAGGCGAGGGCGGUAAGACGGAGCUGUCGCUGGUGGCGUUCUCGUGCCGGCACCCCGGCUGGCAGCCCGCCGAGCCCGCGCAGCGCCAGUUCCUGCGCUCGCUGCGCCAGAGCAUGCACCACGCAGUGCCCGCCAACAACGCACUGAACAAAACGAUGCUCGGGUCGUAUAUACAGCAGAGCAUAUUUGGCACCAACACGCCCUUGCCUGCCGUGCUCUCCUACUACCAACAGCGGCAGCCAUAUAGAUUACCUGAUAUGGACGAGACGAGCGACGAGGAGGAGGAGGGGCCGGGGUCGGCGGCGAACAGCGCGCGCGUGAGCUCGCGCUCGUUCGGCCUCGCGCGCGCCAGCAGCGGCCUCGGCGCGAGCAGCGGCCUCGGCGCCAGCGCGCUCGGCCUCGCGCCCGCCGACGCGCCCGCCGACGAGACGCGCGACAUGUCCGUCAGCACGCUACACCUUUACGACCUGCACAUCUCGCACGCAUCGCCGUCGGUGGCCGCGUGUUGCGUGAACAACUGCUCGGACCGGCAGGGCCGCUGGGAGCAGGGCGAGCACACGCCGCUGCUGCACCACCCAUAACGCCGGUCGCCGCCGCUGCCCCGCCCCGCCCCGGUCUGGGUAUAGACAGGGUACCGUACCGUACUUCGACACGGGACCGGCGCUCACACUACCUAGCGAAUCAAUAAUAAUGAAACUUGAAAUCGUAUUUCAUUGACGAUGCAAAACACAUUGACGAUUGUUUCAUUAUUAAAUAAUA